GUUAAUCAUAGUAUUGUCAUAGUAUUUUUUCCAAAAUCAUAUUAUUUGAAUUUUUUUUAAGUAUUUUACAGGACAAGUUGCAUAAGAUGAAUAAAGUUAUGAAAGAGAUAUAUCAAUUAUCAAAUACAAAUGAUAUUAAUAUAAAAUAUAAGAUACAGUCAUUUAUUGUACAUAAAUGCAUAAUUGUAAUGGAUUAUUAUAAUAGAAAACGUUUUGUACAACAUUUUCUUCAAGUUACAAGGUACAUUCAUUUUGAAAUCCUGAAACUUUCAUGUGAACUUAAUAAAACAUGUACUUAUCAAAUUCUAUUAGAUUUAAUAGUGCAAUUUUUAUUAUUACUGAGUACAUUUUACAACAUGUAUCUUUAUUUAAUGUCAUUAACUUUAUUUGAACUAUUAUCAGAUAUACAAACUAUAAAAUAUUUAAUAUGGAUUUCUUUAUUUUCUAUAAAAGUUAUUUUUUUAAAUAAUCAUUGUACUAAAUUUUAUCAUGAGGUAGAAGUAACAGCACAUUUGCUUCGAGAUCUAGAUAUUUGCUAUUUGGAUAAUUCUAUUAGAAAUGAGGUGCAACAAUUUUUAUUACAACUUCAUCUUCAUCCUUUAAAAUUUACUGCUGGUGGUUAUAUUCUUAACAAUAAAUUUUUAACAAUGUUUUUUGGUACUAUAAUCACUUAUUCGGUUGUAUUGGUACAAAUAACUUCGUCGUCAAUUUCAAACUGAACUCUUUAAACAAAAUCUUUGAAGAUUGAUGAAUGAUUUAUUAUUAUAAUCAUUUAUAAGAGAAAGUGAUAAGAAAACAAUAAUGAGAUUGCUG